AUGACUGGAAUACAAGAACCCGUUCUCCCGCGAUGGAUCGUUCUCUGGCUUUUCGUCUCCGGAAUGAUCUGCACUUAUGACGUGGCAUACACAAUGAACCGUCCUUUCACAAAUGAUCCGGCCAGUCCGAGGGCAAAUUUGCUGUUUGGGGGAUGGGCCCUCUACUCAUCGGUUGAUCGUCACUAUCUGACAACCAAUGACAUCUUCACAUGCUCAACGGGACGUGUCAUGCUUCUGGAAUGUCUUCUGAACUUCAUCGCAAUCGGUCUGGCAGCUGCUCGUAACCGUCAUGGACUUCUUCUCGCUUUCACUUCUAAUAUUAUGGUCCUCUGGAAGACGAUUCUCUUUUUCUCUGUGUUUCUGGGACAACCCGAUGGACACCUGCCACCAAUGAAUCCAAACAAAUCGGUUUGGUCGAAGUUUAUGAUUUUCUGGAUUCCCAACGGUGUAUGGAUCAUCAUGCCUACAGUAGUCCUCUUCGCCCUCUGGAACAAACUCGCAUUGCCUCCGAAAAUCUCUGAAAAAUACUGGGAAGCGAGCAACAAAUGUCGAGGAGAUCUUAGCUUCGAAGAUCAGAAGAAGGUUGCCCUCGACUGA